AUGUCAGACAACGCUGAACCUGUUAUUACAAAUGAUGAUCAAACAGAAAAAGAACCAUCACCAUCACCAUCAUCAUCGUCAUUUAAUAAUCUAAAUGUAUCAUCACCAAUUCGUUUAUUUGGACAAUUUAAACAGAAUGGUACAAGUUUUAAUAAUUUUGGUCAAUUAUCUUCAAAUGGUGAAAAUUCACCAACAACAACAACAACAACCAGUUAUUUUACAAGUACAGUUUCAAAAUUCUUAUCAACUAAUAGUGGAGGUUUUGGUUCAUCAUCAACAUCAUUAGCUGCAUCACUUGCUCCAUUGAGUCCUAAUAAACCAUUAUUUGGUGGAUCAAGUGAUACACCAUCAAGUUCAUCUAAGAAUGAUAAAACAAAUAAAGAUGAUGAUGAAGAAGAGGAUGAUGAUGAAGAAGAAGAUGAUGAUGAUAAUAAUGAUGAUAAUAAUAAGACAAUACCUUCAUUAUUUGAAACAGCAGCUGAAUAUGAAGCUAAACGAGCAUCAACUCAUCCAAUAGCUAAUAUUCAAGGUGACACAUCGACCGGUGAAGAACAUGAAGUAACAAAAUUUCAGAUGGCAGGUAAAUUAUUUAUGUAUCAUCCUGAACAACAACAAUAUGUUGAACGUGGUUAUGGCAUUUUGAAAAUAAAUGAAAGUCAUGAUCCAUCUGAUUGGGAUAUAUUACAUGCACGAUUGAUCAUGAGACUUGAUAAAGCAUUUCGUGUUAUUCUUAAUUCUCCAAUAUUUCCACACAUGACUGUUGAACGAGCAACAGAUCGAUCAGUACGCUUUGGUGCUCAAGACGAAUCCCAUUUACGUAUAUUUAUUAUUAAAGCUUCAGCAAUUGAUUGUGGUAAUUUAUGUAAAGAAUUGAAAUCACGUAUACAAAUAAUUGAACGACAACAAUCUUCAUCAUCAAAUGUCGAUUCUGCUGUUACAAAUAAUACCGAUGCAUCAAAUUCUUCUUCUAUUCAAAAUUCAACAAAUCGUAUUCGUAAACGAUCUCAUUCAAAAAGUGAUUCGGAUACAGAAGAAAAUACAAAUGAUCUAUCAAAAAAAUCUAAAUUAAUUGAAAUAUAUCGAGAUGGAAAUAAAGAUACAAGUGAUGAAGAUUCUGUAGAAAGUACAAAAACAGGCGAACAAGAAACUAAUAUAUAA